CCCUUAUUCGCCAUGCGAACCUCUAAAAUCUCCCAAGACACCACUCGCAUCUUCUCCGCCAUCUCCCCAAACACACUGGGAACGUCACGUUCUACACGCAGUGCGAAGAGAAUCGCAUCAUUUGCCUUGGGCUAUAAGGGCGAGGUCGAGGUCAAGGAAGAGCCAGAUGUCUCCAAUAUCACAAAUGACCUAUCCAUAUACACCAAUACUCCAGACAUUGAAGAUGUCCUUCCCAAGUCUUCACCUGCCCGGGUCAACAGAAAGAGAAAACUGGGUGUCGAAGAUCUAAACACUAGUACCACACUACUACCACCUGUUGCGGUAGACGUAACGCAUAUCAAGUCAGAAGUACACGAAGAGGACAUAACCACAACUGCACUGUCCUCCAACGAGACCACGACAAUUCAAUACCCACCACUCAAAUCCUCAACAUCACCAUCCCCUCCUCGCGCACGAUCCAAAGCACGACCAAAGAUCCCUGCCCGACGAGCCAUAUCCCCCACCACCGGGGAGACCAAAACCACACCUCCAUCCAAUUGGGCCGAGAUAUACUCUAUCGUUCAAGCCAUGCGCGAACGUAACCCUACCGCCCCAGUCGACACUAUGGGCUGUGAAGACCUAUACUGGCGAACCGCCCCAGAAAAGGUUAAACGAUACCACACUCUGACGGCAUUGAUGCUGUCUUCACAAACAAAAGACACGGUCACCGCGGUGGCCAUGCAGAGACUACAUACUGAACUCGUUCCCUCGGACUCAGAUCCAGACUCCGAUCCCCAAACCCGACCAUCCACCCUGACCAUCGACAACAUCAUCGCCACACCCCCCACCCACUUGGACUCACUAAUCUCAAAAGUCGGAUUCCACAAUAACAAAACCCGGUUCAUCAAAGCCACGGCGUUGAUACUUCGGGACAAUUUCUCGUCCGAUAUCCCAUCCACCAUUUCUGAACUUACCUCCUUACCUGGUGUGGGACCUAAGAUGGCAUAUCUAUGCAUGUCGGCCGCCUGGGGCAUUGAUCAAGGAAUUGGAGUCGAUGUGCACGUUCACCGUAUCACUAAUCUGUGGGGAUGGCAUAAGACGAAGAAUCCGGAGGAAACUCGAUUGAUGCUUCAGAGUUGGUUGCCCAAGGAUAAAUGGCAUCAUAUUAAUAAGAUGUUGGUUGGUUUGGGGCAGACGGUGUGUUUGCCGGUGGGCAGGAGGUGUGGAGAGUGUGAUUUGGCGGGAACGGGGUUAUGCAAGGCUGAGGUCAAGGGGUGGAAACCCAAGACUGAGAAGCCUUCGCCGGGUAAGGGGAGGGUUAAGCUCGAAGUCAAGCUCGAGACUUGA